AGAAGUUUAAGUAAAAUAUUUAUUCCAAUCAGUACUCAACUUCACAGCAAGAUAUAAGUAACUUAAUUUCCAACUUUGAAUUAACCAACCUUAAUAUUCUGCGCAUCACUUACUUCUAAAAUUCUUUGAAUUCUGGGGGAAGCAAGAACUAUAUAUAAGAUUUUACCGCAUACAUUGUGCUGCAGAGAAUUUACUAGCACGUCAAGUCGUUGUGUUAUAUUCAAGUUGUUUAUUUUCUCACCUGUGGUGUGUAUAUCAAAUUUUUUCAGUGUUGAGUCAAACAAACAGAAAAUGACUGAUUUCAAGCCUAUUACAAAUCCGAGUAUACAAUACACAAAGAUUUUUAUUAACAAUGAAUGGCACAAUUCGGUGAGUGGGAAAAAAUUUCCAGUCAUAAACCCAUCGAAUGAAAAAGUUAUUGCCGAUGUGGCCGAAGGAGAUAAGGCGGAUAUUGAUAAAGCAGUGUCAGCUGCCAGAGAAGCAUUUUCAAGAGGAUCAUUAUGGAGACAAAUGGAUGCCUCGGCACGAGGAGUAAUUAUCAAUAAGUUGGCAGAUCUAAUGGACAAAAAUGUCAAUGAACUUGCUAGCAUACAAUCAGUAGAAAAUGGAAAACCGUUUUCGAAUUCAGUUGAUGAAGUUAUUAGAUCAGCUAAACUUCUUCGAUACUUCGCUGGAUGCGCUGAUAAAAUCCAUGGAAGCACCUUACCAGCUGAUGGAGAUGUCUUUGCAAUGACGAGAAAAGAACCAGUUGGAGUGGUUGGUUCAAUAAUUCCCUGGAACUAUCCGAUAACUAUGGUGGGCAUGAAAAUUGGACCGGCUCUGGCAACAGGUUGCACAAUGGUUAUGAAACCAGCUGAGCAGACACCCUUAACGGCUCUUUAUAUUGCGAAUCUCGCUAAGGAAGCUGGUCUUCCAAAAGGAGUUCUUAACGUUGUUCCUGGUUAUGGAAUCACUGCCGGUUCAGCAUUAGCAGAACAUCCUGAUGUUAACAAAAUCGCUUUCACUGGUUCUGUUAAUAUUGGCAGAAAAAUAAUUGAGGCUUCAGCAAAGAGUAAUUUAAAGCGCGUUACCCUCGAACUUGGAGGAAAGAGUCCAUUGGUGGUUUUUGAAGAUGCAGAUCUUGAACUAGCCGCUACUUAUACGUCCUUGGCUUUUCUAAAUGCGGGACAAAUUUGCUUGGCUCCAACAAGAGUUUACGUUCAAAGUGGUGUCUAUGAUAAAUUUGUCGAUAUGAUCGUGAAAAGGGCAACAAAUUUAAAAGUCGGGGGACCAUUUGAGACUGAUUCUUUUUACGGAUCACAAAUUGAUGACAGAAUAUUUAAGAGAGUAAUGAGUUACAUUGAACUGGGUAAAAAGGAGGGUGCAAAAUUAGAGACCGGUGGACAUCGUCAUGGCAAAUUGGGCUUUUUUGUGCAACCCACGGUUUUUUCGAACGUCAAAGAUAGUAUGACUAUUGCUAAGGAAGAGAUUUUUGGCCCAGUGCAAUCACUUUUAAAAUUCGACACCCUAGAGGAAGUUAUUGCAAGAGCAAAUAAUACAACUUACGGAUUGGUCGCUGGUGUCUUCACAAAAAAUAUUGAUCAAGCAUUGGAAUUUUCAAAAGCAGUUGAAGCUGGUACUGUUUGGGUCAACCAAUGGUUUAAUUUAUCCGCACAAACUCCAUUCGGUGGUUACAAACAAUCAGGAAUUGGACGAGAAAUAGGAAUUGACUCACUUGAUCAUUACAUGGAGGUCAAGACAAUUAAUAUUAAAUUACCCACUAAUCAUUAAAUUGAAAAAUGAAACAAAUUUUAGUAAACAUCUAAAACAUUUUCGUAAAAGACACAAAAUAUUGGUGCUUCUCUACAGUAUGUACAUUAAGAAGAAUAUUUGUAAUUUUUUAGAAUAAAACUUUUCAUAGUUUA